AUGACGCCUAUACUCCUCGACAAUGCCCUAGACCAAAUUGUCGAUCUGACACUGGCUGCCCAUAUGGCCCCUAAUAAAGAGGAGUACUUCACACUCGGUAACGUCGAUUACUAUCUCUCCCUGGCCCUGAUGGAGCACGUUCAAAAUUUGGAGCCAAGCAAGCAGAAAAGGCUGGUUGAGUUUAUCUGCGGACUUCAGAAGCGCACGGCGACGGACCCAUCCACAGGCGAGCCACUUAGAAACGCAUUCGUCGCCCAAUUCACCCAAGCCACCAAUAUAAGCUACGACCCCCCCCCCCCAGACCAAGGACCCAGCAUCCACCGCCUAGACAGAUCCCUCCGGGCAAUCAUAACACUACGGUCCGGCCUCGAAAACGACAAAGUCCCGAUGGAGACGCUGUGCAAGACAGCUUCCAUGGAGGUUGCGUGUGUGUGGUUCAUGUAUGCCGCGGACCGGUUGUGGGAUAAUGUCCGGUAUGGGCGGACUUAUUCGGGGGACUUGGUUAUGAGGCCGGGUUGUAAGAGGUUCAAGAAGAGGAAGUGGAAGGGUUAUGAACGGGGGAGAUGGGAUGCUUGGGUGGAGAGGUUGAAGGGUGCGAGGGCGGUUUGUGAUGAUGAGAGGAUGAGGGGGGGGUUAUUGGGGAGGCUUUGGGGUGUGUUGAGCGGGCGAUGA